CCCCUCUACAAAAUUAUCUCGUGGUAUGGUUUUGGAGACAGAAUUGUGAUACUUGCCCAAUUAGGCAAGUUGGUAAGCCACGGGACAAUCCUUCUGCACCUUGCUCCAGGCUGGACGAACCUCACGCUUCACUUGCUGCAGCUCUUCUUUUUCUCCCUUCGCCACCCUAUGACAUGGUAGUUAGAGUCACAACACUGCACAGCCAUCUGCGAGCGUGUUCGGAAAUACUAGCAAGUGAGACCUUCUGCCUGAACGCGACUAAUAAGGGACGCGUGACCAGCCACAUGUGCACAUACGACACAUAGCUAUUGAUGGCCACCGCACGGGUUCGCAUCACCGGCACUUAUGCCUAAGGGCCACUGUUAAACAAAAUCGUUGCUAACCCGUCAACAUACCAAACGCUACUAAUGCACCAACUUCUCCAACAUAAUUGUCCUAGCUAUGGCAGGUCCUUUCCGACCCGCCUCAGCUCCAGAGGACCUCCCGACAUACUACCAUGAUUUAGGCGACGAGAAUGUUCAACACUGCUUCCGCAACUUCGAUCUUGAUCGCAACUUUGACCAGUUUGACCGACAGACACGGAACCCCAGGAGCAGCAACUUCUGUCUGGACUUUGGCGAAGACGAUGCCUACUGUGCUUUUGAUCUCGAUGCACGUUCGUACUCAAGGUUGCUUUCGUCACCGAGGCCACAGCAUUUGCACACUCGAUGGAUCAACAUCUGGUUGCCUUAUAAUCAAAAGGAUCUAAUCCGCACCCUAGCCCGUCACUUCGACUUCACGCCGCGUUUGUUAGGAACGAUGCGAAGUGACCCCGUGCCGCCGCGAUCUCAAUCGUUGCAUAAGAAAAAGAGCUCUUCAACGCUGAGAUCUCGUCUCUCACACAAGUCGAACAAGUCAGAGUCUAUCAAAGCCAGGGCCAGGGAGGCGAAUCAAGCCUCUCUGGAUUCAGAGGAGAGUAUCGGGAUGUCGGAGAUGAUGCACUCCACGCAGCUUGAGAUGGUACGCGAUCUCAACCAUUACCAGUUGGUUGACGAUGUAUGGCAUUGGUCGACCGUGGAUUGGGGUCGAAGAUUCGUGUCCAUCGGCUAUAACUCAUUGCACAACGUACGCACUAAGCAAGUAGACGAGGGACCAGAGGAUGCAGAUAGAAGUCAGGACAUGCCUCAUGGCAAGCGCGUCUGGAACUGGCUUCUGCUAUGCGAAGACAAAACGGUCAUCUCGAUUUCAGAAGAUCCUUUCCCAUUCAACGACGAUCUGCGAGCACAGGAUUUGAAGACGCUGUACACUACACGAAGAAACCUAGUGAACGUCUUUAGGCAAUUAACGAAGGCACCAACGCCACUGGGCGAUGCCGCUCUCCAACAGUUGCCCAUUCGCCAACGAGUCGGUAACAGCGACGAAGAAACUGCGCACCGCCCUACAGAUGCUCCGGGCCUUCUUUUCUACUACCUCUUUGAGGAUUGGGGGACCACCUUCAAUCUCAUCUCACGUCGCCAACAUGGGUAUGCCGCAGAGCUAGAUCGUUUACGACAGGAGAUGCUCGUAAAGGCAAAUCUCACUCACGUCGAUCAGCUUCAUCACAUCGGCUGCCAGUUAGCUGUCCUCAAGCGUGUCUAUCAGAGCUACGAGCUCAUCAUCGAGCGCGUGCUCAAGAAACAAGAAGCUACACUUGCUUCGCUCAAGAACUCACACAUAAUGGCCAGUGACCAAUCGCUGGCAUCUUCGAUCCCUGGUGUCGGUUCGCAGGGCCCUACAAUGCCGGAAGCCGACAGCUUACUUGGCGUCUCCCUCAGUUCAGCUGCACGUGUCCGGUUCGAAAGACUCAAAGAUCGCAUCCUCCUCUACGCCCUGAGCGAGAUCCAGGAAUGCCUAGACCAGAAGGAUUCCCUUGUCAUGAUGAACUUCAAUCUCAUCGCGAUCAAAGAGUCCUUCAGCGUCGAGCGACUAACAUGGGUUACCCUCUUACUCGCCAAAAUUACAAUCUUGUUCACUCCUGUUACGUUAAUGACGGGUUACUUCAGCAUCCAGUUCAAGAAUACAGAAUUUGAAAUCAGGAGUUAUUGGUGGGCGUUUGCGAUCGUUUUCGGUUUGUCAUUGGGCUUGCUGUUUCUUUUCAGUUUCUUCAGUGGAACUUUUGAAGGCAAGAUCAUUACGAGGAGCUGGAGUCGGAUCGCGUAUGAUGUCAGUAGAAGAUGGUGGGCGCACCGAAAGAAGAGAGGCAAAGUUCUAUGAGACCCACAUGAAGGGCUUCCAGGUGCAUGAUGGUGGGUUGAGGUGGCUGCAGUAUCAUGCAUGUAUCAGCCUAUCCUUGAAUCAUGGGGGGCUGAUCAUUAGUUAUAGUUUCACGUAUUAGCUAGCCGAGCCUUCAGCUCGGUCGUUCUUGGUGUAUGUUACCGUCUAUUAAUUUCCUAAUUGAAGCUACA